CAGCACUAGCAGCAGAGAGGCAGCGGCGCAAGGUGAAGCGACACGCCACGCCUCCUGCUGCUGCUGCAGCAGCAGCGGGGCUGGACACAGCAGCAGGGGGGGCAGAGGGAGCAGGGGGGUUGAAGGUGGGGGUGAUUGGUGCUGCAGAGAUAGCUGCCGUGCAGAGGCAAGGGGGGGGCGUGGGACGAGGGAAGGCUGGUGGUGGUGAGCGUGGUGGGGUGAGUGGUGAUGUGAAGGAGGAGCAGAUGGAGGAGGAUGGGGAGGAGGAGGGGGAGGAAGCAGAGUCGAGUGACGGGGAGGAUGAUGAGGAGGAGGCAGAGCAGGCAGAGGAGGCAGUGGAGGGCGAGGGGGGAGGAGGAGGAGGGAGAGCAGCAGGAGGGGACGUGGAUGCACUUUUCCAAGGGGGGGUGUCGUCGUGGUUGGAGGAGGGUGAUGAGAAGACGAGCAGGAAAGGAGCAACAGCAGCUCGGCUGGGCUCAGAGCUGGACGCGAUUUCUGACCUGCUGCCCUCCGUUGCUGCCCAACCCGCCCCUGCCUCAAGGGCACCUACCUCUAAGACUCCUGCCGCCCCUGCCGUGCUGCCUGCUGGGAAAGGUGAAGAUGUGCCCAUGGCAGCAGCAGCAGCAGCAGAAGGUGCACGGGGCAUGGUAAAGGGGGAGCCCCUCACUCUAGCUGAUGCUGUGAAGAGGACCAAGAAAAAAAAGAAGAGCAAGGCGGAGCAAUAAAGACAGACGAAGGAUAGACAAAGGCACAAGCGUCAGACUUCAAGUGCAGCAAUAUCAAAGGCUAUGAGCUGGAGGCAUGGCCACAGUAUAGGCUUGACUUUAUUGCAUCACUUCUUUGGCUCUGGACAGAAUCCAUAACGCUCUUUUGUGCCCAAAAGUCGAGCUGUCGCGACAUGUUGGAAUCUGAUUCGUUCAAGUGAGCAUUUGAUAUUGCGGGAAAACCCUUGGGAAACAG